UACUCUUUGCAUUGUCCAAAUGGCCAGUGUUGAGGUUGCACAAGAAACAAGCACAUUGAACGACAAUGAAGCAACCAAAACAAUCCCAGAAGAACAACCAGCCACUGAGGUUCCAGCCUCAGAACCAAUAGCAACCGAACAACCAAAAGAAGCAACAAUAACAACAACCGAAGUCCCGGUUACAGUGGAGACCAAGGAAGUGGUGACAGAGGAGCCAGCACCUGAGAAAACAGAGGAAAAGUCCGAAGAAGUUAUUGAAAAUCCAACAACUGAAGAGACAAAAACUAUUGAAAAAGAAUCAGAAUCAGAAGCAGAAGCAGCAGUGGAGGAUGAGGAGCCAUAUGAGGAGAACAAAGCAGCAAAGGAAGUCACCACUGUCGAAAACACUGAAGCUUAAUUAGUCAUGUGGUGAACUAAGUGAAAGCAACAAGUUUCUAUGCCUUUGAUUGAUUGCAUUAUGUCUCCAUCUCCAAGCAUGUCAAUGUUGAAAAGCUUCUCUCUCUGUUUCUGUUGUUUGUCAGUUUAUUAAUUACUACUAUUAUUAUAUACCUACGUGGAAGCACUUUGGUUCCACAUCAAUACCCAUGGCAACUAGUUGUAGUUGAUACGAUACGAGAGAUUUCUUGGUUUAUUAGCUGGGAAGGCAUGGGCAAUACAGAUGUCAGCAUCUUUCAUUUGUGAUCACUAAAAGAAUAAUAUCCUAAAGUAUAUUGUGUUUGCCUACAGUAGUCAAAAAUGCCUCUUUUAUGUACAAACACGAUUAA